ACUCAGCACCACGACACGAGCAGAGGAAACGACGAACACGAUCUCCCCCCAUAAUUCGUAAUCGUCUUCUACUGUACUGUCGUUCUCUCCGUGCAGAACGAAGAAAAAAUUGUCUGCCGAAUUUUCUGAUGAAAUUUUUGCCAAUUUUUCUCGUUUGAAAACGAUCGAAAAAUGCCCGUAUGCGAAGCGCUUGUCGCGAGCUUUCGAUUGAAUGUAGAAUUUUUACGCUAGUGCCCCGUUCGAGUGGGUAAAAUCGAGAUUAAAUUGGUUGAAAAGUGGAAAUUUUCUUGCCUGCCGAAUCCGAGUCGUGCCAGCCAUCAGUCAGUCCGUCAAGAAGCAGAGCAAAGCGAGUGAGUGUGCGAGAGAGCCCCAUCACGGGAACACUCUGGAAGACAUUUCAAAGGAAAGGAAGCAAGUGGUAUGUGUAGGUAGUGUGUGUGUGUAGUUACGUAUAUGGCCUUCGGGGACCAUUGCCGGAACUCGUGCGGUUUUUUUCUACGGUCAAAACAGUGCAACGGAACGGAAGAUCUCCAAAAGUGCUAGUGCGUGCGACGGAGGAAUCAGUGAAAGCCGUGAGUGGGGCCCGACACAUCCGGAAAGUGAAGCCUCGCAGCUUUGCGUCGUCGUAUCGGGAGGCAUAGCGCUACGAAAAUAAAUUGUGUGCUGGUUGGUCUCAUCCCGUCAGUUUGCGUGCAACAUAGAAACGUCAGUUUUGGAAACAAAUGUUCCGACGAGUUGAACUCCGUGGAAGAGAGAGCGGAAUACAACUCGUAUGUGGCUAACAGAUAACAGCGGCCAAAAGUGAUGCAAUAUCUUCUACACCUACUACAAAACGAACACCAACCACUACCACCACCAAGCUCACGAGAAAGUUCCCAAAUUCUGUCAGUAGUGUGACAAGUGAAAACCAAUAGAAGAAGAGCAAAGCGCACAUACACGCACACACACACAUUCUCGGUGGUUGCUUGCGCAUCUAGGCAGACGGAGCUCACAGAUAAAAAAAAAAUAUUCAGUAACCACUUUUCUAUUGAUUACUGAGUAUUUAUCAAACUCAACGAAGUGUAAUCCAAUUACCAAAGCAUUUUAGUGCAACACACGAAGAAGAAGAAAUUAUCACAUUGCAUUUUUUUUUGUAGAAGGAUCGAUCGGGUUCAGAAUCGGAAGAACGACUCGAUAAACGAAACUAGUCUUUGUUUUUGUUUUUUAUUGAAUUGAGUUAACUAAAAAAUAUAAGAAGUGGCAUCAGCAUGGAUCGCGAACGGGAACGGGAACGUGACCGGGAUCGUGAGCGCAGUCCAAAGCGGUCCAAACAUGCGAAGAAGCGUUCGAAGAAGAGCAAAAAGUCCAAGAAAAGGAGACACGUAUCCAGUGACGAAGAACAAUCGUCCUCGGACGAACGACGGAGCAAGGUGCAUCGCAAGAGCGGCGAGGGGAGUGGCCGAAGCAGCACGGGAAACGGAGGAGGAGGUCACGGUUCGUCCAAGGGAGGAGUGGUCGAGUAUUCCGAUGUAAGUUCGGACGAUUUCUCUGCACCGGAAGCGGGCGAGAUUGAAACCGACGGCAGUGGCUCACCCUUCGCCGGCGCGGCCGGAAAUGAGUCGAGCAGCAAUUUUAGUAGAACGAUCAGUAACAACGAAAAAAGUGCUGCGGAGACGGUUAAAUUGUACAGUAAAAAUACUACUCAAAUUCAGCAUGACCGGGUGAUGACGGGUGCAGCUUCUUCGCUUCCCAGUUCAUCGUCGUUGUCGUCGUCGGCACCGGUAGCGGCAGCUCCGGUAACGCCGUCGGCGGACGUGGCAAACGAAACCAGUGCGAUGGUAUCCAGUACGACACCGGUGCCGGUUCCAUCGUUGGCCGAACUCAUAUCGCAAGGUGGUACUGCUACCGGUUCCGUCACCGUGACGGAGAGUGGGCGAAGGGUCAGCAUCACUGCCACGUCGCCUAUUAGCCAAUCGUCGCAUUCGCAUUCUUCCCGAUCGAAACGUAAAAACUCAAUAUCAUCCGAUACUUCCUCUAUGAAACAGGCCACCAUGCAUCUCACCCAGCAUCAUCUUGAACCACCGGCCUCGCCGACGGAAGAACCGGAACCGGAGGGUGACCUAAUGGACGAAGAGUACGUCGAAGAGGAAGAAGAGUAUGAAAUCGUAGAGGAAGAAGAAGAGGAGGAAGAGGAGGAGGAGGAAACUGUAGGCCGCAAGCGAAAAAAGAGCAAAAAAGACAAGAAACAUAAGAAAAACAAGAAAUCCAAGAAACGGAAGAAGAAACGAGUGAAGUCGAUAUCAAGUAUAGAAACCAUCUCCGAGAGUGAGGAUUCGUUGCUCGAAUGUAUGGAAUCGCUAACGCCUCCCCUCAAGGGUUCACCGGAUUACGAGAAAACAUACACACCGGUGCGGAAUGAGGAAAGUUUAACGCCAAUGUCGCCAGCCACUCCCCCCAUCCGACCAUCGAGCCGUUCGCUCAACAGUCCGUACGCCGAUUCAUCUCGCGGCCGGAGUCCCCGGGCACCACCGCCUCGGAAGCUGUACCAAUCCACUUCGUCACCUCAUACUCCUCCGGUGGUGCCCAAGAAGAGUGCUUCUUCCUAUCAGCAGCAGCAGCAGCAACAGUCGUCUCAACAACAGCCACAGCAUGGAAGUCCUGUCACGAUAAAUGACAGUCCUACACCCCGUGGUGGCAGCAGUCGGUACCGACGUACGCCAUCACCGAGCAGCAGGCACGGCUCGAACCGAGACAGUCCGAAUGGUCGUCACAAGCCUUACACUCCGCCGCCGUCGAAACGACGGAGGGAUCGAUCACCCCCAGAGAAGGAUUACUACCGGAAGGAUAAGCGAUACCGACCGCGUGAACCAGAAUGGGAUCUACACGAUCGAAGGGGUGAUCCUCCUCCUGCUAGAAGAUACACGAGAAGUCCCAGUCCAGUUGGAAGCCAUCGUCGGAGACGUACGCCAACGCCUUCAAAGUCACGAUCUCGUAAGAACUAUUACAGUCCUUCGCCGGAUCGAAGCAGGAGUCGGGGUCGCUCGAGGCACCGAUCGAGAAGUCCCAGGCGACCGUCCUCUAAUCGGCGAUAUUCGAGCGGAAGUCGGUCACGUUCUCCUUCGGAUAUGCCAUCGGUUAAAAAGUUCGAUAUCAAGGAUAAAAUCACCGACACUAGUUUCUUUGCGGAACUGAUCAAAGACAAACACAAGCGGUUAAAGACGCUCCAGGAGAUUUUAGAAAAAAAAGAUGGCCAAGAGGCAGGAGCACCCAGCGCCACGGUGAUUAGCGAGAACAGCAUGUCCAACGAUUGCGUAAUAACGAUCGCCGACGGUAGUAGUAGUGUGUCAAAUUCGAAUGGGCUGAAGGAUGUCAGUGUGACUGAUAUUCCCAUGCCGGAUCAGUCAGAUAAUUCUAGCCGAGUGGCAGAGACUACAGCAAAAGACACCGUAGACUCGACAGCGGCAGCAGACGAUGGUGCGAGUACGGACUCACGAAUACCUGUGAUAUUGAAUAGUAAAAGCAGCGAAAGUCUCAAUCCAAGUGCCAGCUUAUCGAGUGAACCUGCGUCGGCGACGACCGCGGUAAUAGUAGCAGAAUCCAUACCAACGACAGUACUGAGUAAACCAAAAAGUCUCACGAAUCUACCGAUGCCACCGGGGGUGAACGUGGCCGAACUGGAAGGUGCCCAAACACCAAGCCCCCCACGACAAAUCAGCCCGGUGGCCGGUGCUCAAAUGAAGGUGAUGCCCAUACCGACCCUCACCACAACUGGAGCAAUCACAACAUUUAACCUCAACAGCAACAAUAGUCAUCAUCAUCAUUCACAUCGCCACACCAAGGGCGCCAGUAGUAGCACUAGCAGUAAGCGUAGCAGUAACGAACACAAACCACCUUCCUCGGCAAGUUCGUCAUCAUCGUCGUCGGCACCGUCAUCCAGUUCGGGCAAGAAGGGCUUACUCAGUUUACCCCUGCCACCAAUGGUACCUGGUUCGGAAGAUCUGAGCGGCGACGAAGAUAUUGGAUCGCCACCAUCCCUAUCAGGUACGCCCACAAAAAAGUCAAGUAGUAAAUACAGCAAAUCCAGUAGUGCCAGCAGUAAGAAAUCCAAAGGUCGCCCUAGGAUAUUGAACAGGCGGUAUUCUCGUAACAUGCUGGGACCGAUGUCUGCAUCCGGUGGAAAGGACUGGGGCGAACGGUGCGUUGAUGUGUUCGAUAUGAUCGAACAGAUCGGUGAGGGAACUUAUGGACAGGUGUACAAAGCACGUGAUCAGGAAACCAACGAACUGGUAGCUCUCAAAAAGGUCCGCCUUGAGCACGAAAAGGAAGGCUUCCCGAUCACGGCCGUACGGGAAAUCAAAAUCCUCCGGCAGCUGAAUCAUAAAAACAUCGUCAACCUGCGGGAAAUCGUUACCGACAAGCAGGAUGCGCUGGAGUUCCGCAAGGACAAGGGUUCAUUUUACCUGGUGUUCGAAUACAUGGAUCACGAUCUGAUGGGCCUGCUCGAGUCCGGUAUGGUGGACUUUAACGAGCAGAACAAUGCCGGCAUCAUGCGCCAGCUGCUGGACGGUCUGAACUACUGCCACAAGAAGAACUUCCUCCAUCGGGAUAUCAAGUGUUCGAAUAUUUUGAUGAACAACAGGGGCGAAGUGAAACUGGCGGACUUUGGCUUAGCUCGAUUAUAUAACGCAGACAACCGAGAGCGGCCGUACACCAACAAGGUCAUCACCCUAUGGUAUCGACCUCCGGAGCUACUACUAGGCGAAGAACGCUACGGUCCGGCGAUCGACGUGUGGAGUUGUGGUUGCAUUCUGGGUGAACUGUUCCUCAAGAAGCCACUCUUCCAAGCCAAUCAAGAACCUGCUCAGUUGGAAAUGAUUUCACGGUUAUGUGGCACACCGACGCCGGCCGUUUGGCCGAACGUGAUCAAGCUGCCACUGUUCCAUACGCUGAAGGCCAAAAAGCAGUACCGACGAAAGAUCCGCGAAGACUUUGUCUUUCUGCCCGCUUCCUGUCUGGACCUGUUGGACAAGAUGCUGGAGCUGGAUCCGGACAAGCGGAUAACGGCCGAGGCCGCACUCAACUCGGGGUGGCUCAAGAACGUCGUGCCUGAUCAGCUACCGCCACCAAAGCUACCCACGUGGCAAGACUGCCACGAACUGUGGAGUAAAAAACGACGAAGGCAGCUGCGUGAGCAGCAAGAAUCUGCCGCCAACCUACCGCCGGGCAAACCAGCAAUGGGCAGUAAAGCUGGCCCCGGUACCGGUGUAGGUGGUGCUCCCAUCCGAGCGCCCGCCGCUGGUGGUGGUGGUGUAGAGUUAGGUUAGGUCCAGUGUAAGUGGUCCAGUCGUGUUAGGAGCUAUCUAUAGUGUCUUCUUACCGCCUGAGAGACAAUAAAGCACCGCUGGCGGAUGGAGCGGAAGAAGCAGAAGACGAUGAUGAUGAUGAUGACGCCCAAUGCCCAAUUGUGUAUGCAAUCGUGACCGCGACGAGGCAGUGAAGCUCGGCAGGGAAGCUGGUUCUUCCUUUCCGCUACGAAGGGUAAGAGUACCGGCUUCUUCUACCUUGUUGUUGUUUAUUUUAGGGUUUUCAUUUUUUUCCGAGGGAGGGAACGAACAAUAGACUUAAACAGUGGAAACUGUGUGCGCGUUUCUUUUUUUCUAUUUUUAUGAAUGAACGGAAGGAAGUGUGGAAUCUUGUAGAAAAAUAGUGUAUAAAAAUAAAGUUAGUAGAAAACCUGUACUAAAAUGUAAGUACAACUUUGUGUAAAUUUGCUAAGACAUUUUCUUAAAUCAUGUCACUGAAAUUUUAAUCAAUUUCAAUAAAAUUUAAAUAUUUGAAUUGAUUUAUUAAAACAAAACAAAAUGCGACGAUUUGAAGAAAGUGAUUUAAGGUAGUAACUAGUAGAAUUUGCCCAAAGUUGUAAGCAUUAGCAAGUUGCUAAAGAUACAAAACAUUAAAAACAGAUAAGAUAUGAAAGAGAAUUUUGAAUAUAUGAGAUAGUGAGUUUAUUAAAAAAAACAGGACAAAAAAUAUAUAUUGCAACUACCUAGGGUGAGCAACCGUAUCCUUGUAAAUUUGUUAUCAAUUGAUAAUUAGUAUAAAAAAAACACAAAAUAAUUUCUCCCCUUUUUUCUGUUAUCAAGGGAAUUAUUGCAAAAAAAAAUCUACAAACUCCCAAGUUCCCGGAUUCUCUAACAUUGUUUUCGAUUUUGUUCCGUUCAAACGACUCAGAAUAAAACCUUUUGUUCGCUUGCCAUGGACAAACAUUAAAACGGAUCUCCAACCUGGGAUCGAUCCAGUCACAAGAAAUAACUGAAGAAUCCCUUUCGCAAUACACAACAAAACUACCAAAAGGAAGUACAAAGGCAUCAAAGCAAAGCGGUGUAUCAUUCAAACAGACAGACAGAGUGCUUCUCUGUUUUCUCACUGUCAUUUCCCGCAUCGUGUUGUAGAGCAGAGGUUGACGCAUGUGAUGCAAAGUCUCAUUUAUUUGUACUAAAACAAAUCUGUUACGGUACUUGUACAAACAAAAAAAACUAAAAAAUAAAACAACACAAGCAAGAAGUAAACUGUUGGAUUUCGAAAGGUGCAUUAACGCAGCAUUUGUGGUUAUGAUAACACUUUCAUACCGCAAGACGGUUAUCACCGCAAUGAAAAGUAUCAAAGAAGUUAGGUUAACGAAGGUAAAAAAAAACAGGACCCAUUUUUUUUCUCACACAGGACUACUACUACUACUACUACUACA